AUGUCAAAAAACUUCAUGAUCCUACUACUAAUAGUCCACAUCUACGAAGUCACCAACUUACCAAAUCAUUUCAAGAGGUCAUCGAAAGACAUUAUACCACUGAACAGCAUCCACGAACCGAUUGAGCAUAACUCCAUACCUUCAAAUAGAAAAAAGAAGGGAUCUUUAUCUUUGCAGAUUCAACAUCCGAUAUAUUUAUCUAAUUUACACGUUAUACCUCUAUCUAAUGUACAGCAUGUACAUGAAAACCUGUCUCAAAAUAACAAUAAAGUUUUAACAUUUCACAAUUUGGUACCAGUUCACGAUUUGACAGUUAUUCCUCUGCAUAGAGUGAGUGAACCGAUGAUCUCAUAUAGGCUUAGCAAUGAUGAAGAAAAUAGGCAAAUCGUAGUUUUCGUGAAAGUACUAAAAAGUUGGUUGAUUUCGAAUCGUAAUUGUUUGGAGUUGCAAGAAGAACUGACACAAAAGAAA